AUGUUCAGCAAAUUGGUAGCCCUGUGUGCGUUGGUGGCGGUGUCCCAGGCUGGUCUCCUGCCUGCGCCCGUGCACUACUCCUCCGCCGCCGCCGUCUCCUCGCAGAGCAUCGUGCGCCACGACCAGCCACAGGCCGCCAAGCUGGUGGCUGCCGCUCCCGUCUACCACGCCGCCCCCGCACCAGUCGCCUACCAUGCUGCCCCCGCCGCCGUCACCUACCACGCCGCUCCCGCUCCAGUCGCUUACCACGCCGCCCCCGCUGGUCUCCUGCCUGCGCCCGUGCACUACUCCUCCGCCGCCGCCGUCUCCUCGCAGAGCAUCGUGCGCCACGACCAGCCACAGGCCGCCAAGCUGGUGGCUGCCGCUCCCGUCUACCACGCCGCCCCCGCACCAGUGGCCUACCAUGCUGCCCCCGCCGCCGUCACCUACCACGCCGCUCCCGCUCCAGUCGCUUACCACGCCGCCCCCGUCCAAGUCGCCUACCACGCCGCUCCUGUCGCCAAGGUUGUGGCUCACGCUGAGGAAGUCGCCUACCCCAAGUACGAGUACAACUACUCCGUAGCCGACGGCCACACCGGCGACAACAAGUCCCAGCAGGAGGUGCGCGACGGCGACGCCGUGAAGGGCUCGUACUCCUUCCACGAGGCCGACGGCUCCAUCAGGACCGUGGAGUACACAGCUGACGACCACAACGGCUUCAACGCGGUGGUUCACAACACCGCCCCCACCGCCGCUCCCGUCGCCAUCAAGGCCGCGCCCGUGCUGCUCAAGACUGCCUACGCCGCGCCCGCGCUGCAAUACUACCACCACUAA